UAAUGGCUUAAAAUGAUUCUGAAGCUACAAAGUAAUCAUGUGAAUUGCAGACAGGAUCCAAGAGAAUUGCCAAAUAACAAGGUCAUUGGAAUCAAAUAGAACACAAUGCAUAUCUCAACUUUUUAUUGGAGAAUGCCAACCACACCAAAGGGUAACGAUUAUUCAAGAGAAUGAGUUAAGUUGUUGGCACUCGUACACCAAGUUAAUGCAGGUAAGAACCCAUAAUAUAAGAUCGCAUCACUAAAAAUUUAAUCCAUAAAAGACAAAAUCUUCUAUAGAUACAAGUUUUUGGAGAUCCAAACAAUUUGCCAGAAGCUAUUUCGCUUAACAUAAACAAUCUAAUGAAGAUAGUAAUUGAUUUAUCUUUGU